CGGGGAGGCGGGGGGAGGCGGGGAGCCCGGCCGCCGGCGCUCGCGUCCGCCUCUGACUGCAGCGCGGCGGGGCGAUGUGUGAUUACCAUGGCGAGGAGUCUCUGUCCGGGGGCCUGGCUAAGGAAACCCUAUUAUCUCCAGGCUCGCUUCUCAUAUGUACGGAUGAAAUAUCUUUUCUUUUCCUGGUUGGUGGUUUUUGUUGGAAGCUGGAUUAUAUAUGUGCAGUAUUCUACCUAUACAGAAUUAUGCAGAGGAAAGGACUGUAAAAAAAUAAUAUGUGACAAGUACAAGACUGGGGUUAUUGAUGGGCCUGCAUGUAAUAGCCUCUGUGUUACAGAAACUCUUUAUUUUGGAAAAUGCUUAUCCACCAAGCCCAACAAUCAGAUGUAUUUAGGGAUUUGGGAUAAUCUACCAGGUGUUGUGAAAUGUCAAAUGGAACAAGCACUUCAUCUUGAUUUUGGAACUGAACUGGAACCAAGAAAAGAAAUAGUGCUAUUUGAUAAGCCAACUAGGGGAACUACUGUACAGAAAUUCAAAGAAAUGGUCUACAGUCUCUUUAAGGCAAAGUUGGGUGACCAAGGAAACCUCUCUGAACUAGUUAAUCUCAUCUUGACAGUGGCUGAUGGAGACAAAGAUGGCCAGGUUUCCUUGGGAGAAGCAAAGUCAGCAUGGGCACUUCUUCAACUAAAUGAAUUUCUUCUCAUGGUGAUACUUCAAGAUAAAGAACAUACCCCCAAAUUAAUGGGAUUCUGUGGUGAUCUCUAUGUGAUGGAAAGUGUUGAAUAUACCUCUCUUUAUGGAAUAAGCCUUCCAUGGGUCAUUGAACUUUUUAUUCCAUCUGGGUUCAGAAGAAGCAUGGAUCAGUUGUUCACACCGUCAUGGCCUAGAAAGGCUAAAAUAGCCAUAGGACUUUUAGAAUUUGUGGAAGACGUUUUCCAUGGCCCCUAUGGAAAUUUCCUCAUGUGUGAUACUAGUGCCAAAAACCUAGGAUAUAAUGAUAAGUAUGACUUGAAAAUGGUGGAUAUGAGAAAAAUUGUGCCAGAGACAAACCUGAAAGAACUUAUUAAGGAUCGUCACUGUGAGUCUGAUUUGGACUGUGUCUAUGGCACGGAUUGUAGAACUAGCUGUGAUCAGAGUACAAUGAAGUGUACUUCAGAAGUGAUACAACCAAACUUGGCAAAAGCCUGUCAGUUACUCAAAGACUACCUACUGCGUGGUGCUCCAAGUGAAAUUCGUGAAGAAUUAGAAAAGCAGCUUUAUUCUUGUAUUGCUCUCAAAGUCACAGCAAAUCAAAUGGAAAUGGAACAUUCUUUGAUACUAAAUAACCUAAAAACAUUAUUGUGGAAGAAAAUUUCCUACACAAAUGACUCUUAGUUCAUUUGGACAUUGUUACCAUUGCAAGAAACUUACCACUUUUAAAGAACAAUUUUGAACAUUUUAAAAAAUGGCUUCUGAGUCACAUCCCUACCAGUUACACAAAACUCCCCUCCCUUGGACCUGAGAAGCCAUCAUCUUAAAUACAUGUGAUUACUGAAGUAAUGGCAAGAGGUACAGGAUCUACAGAUCCAAAAGAUUUCAUUCCUGCCCUUUUAGAAGCCCUGUUACAUUUCCCAAGUACAUUCACUGUAUAAUUAUUUUCACUAAUGACUUAAUACUGUGAAAAGCCUCAUUCCAUAAACAUCAACAGUGAGAGUGAUUUGUAGACUUAUGUUAGCCAAAAUACCAUUGCUGGAAACAUUGUGUUUGCAUUGAAGCUGCUGUUUAAAGAAAAUUUAUAAAUUUACUAAUGUCUUAGCAUGGUAAAGUUUGCACAUUAACAAAUUAAGACUGCAAAGCAGGUUAAUUAAAAUUACUCCUUUAUAAACA